UGCAAACUGAGCCUGUCCGGCAGAUAGUGGAGAGUGUGGUGCGCCGCUGCUCACGGAAGCUUACGGAUUACUUUCCUCCUGCUCUGAGUGUUUAAGGGUCUGAAGCCGCUGCCUGGUAGCACUUUUCCACAGCGGGCUUUUUUUUUGCUACACUGUAGCUGAGGAUAUUAAGUUGGGUUUACGCGAAAAAAUCAAGAAAAUGACUCAUUUUAAUAAGGGACCAGCCUACGGAUUAUCUGCUGAAGUGAGAAGCAAAAUUGCUCAGAAAUAUGACCAACAGAAGGAGGAGGAGCUUCGCUUCUGGAUCGAGGAGGUUACAGGAAUGUCUAUUGGGGAGAACUUCCAGAAAGGCUUGAAGGAUGGAGUCAUCCUCUGCGAAUUGAUUAAUAAGCUUCAGCCUGGUUCAGUAAAGAAAAUCAACCUUUCACAACUGAACUGGCACAAGCUGGAAAACCUUGGGAAUUUCAUCAAAGCUAUCCUGGCCUAUGGCCUGAAGCCCAAUGACAUCUUUGAGGCCAAUGACCUGUUUGAAAAUGGUAACAUGACUCAAGUCCAGACCACACUGCUAGCACUGGCCAGCAUGGCAAAGACCAAAGGUAUGGACACAAAGAUUGAUAUCGGGGUGAAAUAUGCAGACAAACAGGCUCGACAUUUCGACAAUGAGAAGAUCAAGGCUGGUCAGUGUGUCAUUGGACUGCAGAUGGGAACAAACAAGUGUGCGAGUCAGGCUGGAAUGACUGCAUAUGGAACCAGAAGACAUCUGUAUGAUCCAAAGACUCAGACUGACAAACCCUAUGACCAGACCACCAUCAGCCUUCAGAUGGGAACCAACAAAGGAGCCAGCCAGGCGGGCAUGUCUGCCCCCGGUACCCGCAGAGACAUCUACGACCAGAAGGUGGCACAGCAGCCUCUGGACAACUCCACCAUCUCUCUCCAGAUGGGCACCAACAAGGUGGCGUCUCAGAGGGGUAUGAGUGUGUACGGUCUGGGCCGCCAGGUCUAUGACCCCAAGUACUGCGCUCCCCCAACAGAGCCGGUCAUACACACCAACGGCAGCCAGGGCACUGGCACCAACGGCUCUGAGAUCAGCGACAGUGACUAUCAGGUCGAAUUCCAGGAGGAGGAGUACCACGGAGGUUACCAUGACGACUACAGCUCCCAUUACAAUGAUCAGGGCAUUGACUAUUAGUGGAGACCUCAACCUCCAGAGCAGUAUUAACGAGUGUAUUUCUAUCAAGUCCACAACAGAGCAAGUCUUUUGCUAUCCUCAUAGUCUUCUUAUUAUCUUGAAGCAUAAAAUGAAAUGUUGCCUUGAGUGCAUUCCUUCUUCACCUCAACUCUUUGAUUUGAGCAGCAAAUGUUGUAAGAAGUUGUAGUAGCAUAGAAUAAUGAGAUACAGUGAUACAAAUGUUUUUUUUUUAAGCUUGACAACAUUCUUUUUAAUACCCACUUUUUAAAAGAUGUAUUAAUGAUGGAACACUGAAGUAGUGAUAACUUUGUUGAGUGAUGAUGUAGCAUCAGGUGAAGCUGCUGCAUUCCAAUGUUUGUAUUCCUGCACUGAAACUGUGCUGAUGAUCCAUGUAGUCCUACACAAUAGGCUCAUUUAUGUGCUUAUCUCCCCUCUUUGUUCUGUCUGUGUUCAUAACAAGCGGCCACAGUUUGUGAUAUUGGUUUAAAUUCGUAAUAAUCACUAGAAGGGUUAGUUUUUUCUUGAAAUGAUGAGCAUGUAAAUUGUGAUGGCUGUUCAGAUAGUGCAGGUGACCAAACUGAGCUAACUCAACCCUAGGGCUAGACUUCCUCAUGUCAUCACACAGCCUAUAUUUUCAUAUUGUAUCCCCUUAUAUUCCCAAUCUGUAUUUAUUGCAUCGACUCUUGUUGUAAACCAGUCCACUGUUAUAUGGUUCUUUAAGAAAAAUGGUAUGUUAUAAAUAAAGCCUUAAAUUCUUCA